UCAAGCGAUAUCUUAUUAAUCUCAGUCAUAUCGCUCUGGAGUCUUGACACCGAAGCGUCAAGGCUUUACAAAGGCCCAAGGACUCGCACUUUGCUAAACCUUUAACCCCCUCCUCCACCAAUCAUCACUUUAACUAGUAUAAUCUUAAGUCUCUGUAACUAUACCUAUGAAAUUUAAACCAUUCUUUACUAAUCUCUCCUUUAAUAUUUUUAUCAAACACAAUAAUUCUCUUUAUAUCAAACAUAAAAACCCCACCUUUCUGCUAUCCCAAAACCCCCGUUUUUUCAUGGCUCAAUCUGCUACUCUUUGUGAUAACGUCGCCUCCGUUGAGGAGGAUGAUAAUCUUUGUGCAAACCCCACCAAUAAUCUUGGCUUAAAGAUUGAAAAAGAUGAAAUCUUGGAAGUGGGUAGUCCAAGAUUAGGCCCAAACUUGAGCGGGGAAUCAAGAAUUGAGAGGGCUUGGGCUCAUUGGAAGAAAUUGGGGGAACCCAAGCUGAUUGUGGCUCCAAUGGUUGAUAAUUCUGAGCUCCCUUUUCGAUUGUUGUGUAGGAAGUAUGGUGCUACUGCUGCUUAUACACCUAUGCUUCAUUCUCGUAUUUUUACCGAGAAUGAAAAGUAUAGGCUUCAAGAAUUUACCACUUGCAAGGAAGAUCGACCUCUAUUUGUUCAGUUCUGUGCCAAUGAUCCAGAUACGUUACUGGAAGCAGCUCAAAGAGUGGCACCUUAUUGUGAUUAUGUGGACAUUAAUCUUGGAUGUCCGCAGAGAAUAGCUAGGCGAGGAAACUAUGGAGCAUUUCUUAUGAACAAUCUUCCUCUUGUUAAGUCAUUGGUAGAAAAAUUGGCAUCGAACUUGAGUACUCCUGUGUCUUGCAAGAUCCGCGUCUUCCCAGAUUUAGAAGACACUUUAAAUUAUGCUAAGAUGCUGGAGGAUGCAGGUUGUGCUCUACUAGCAGUACAUGGUCGCACAAGAGAUGAAAAAGAUGGGAAAAAAGUUCGAGCCAACUGGAAUGCCAUUAGGGCUGUGAAAAAUGCUGUCAGGAUCCCGGUACUCGCUAAUGGGAACGUCAGGCACAUGGAUGAUGUCCAGAGUUGUUUGGAAGAGACGGGGGCGGAUGGGGUGCUUUCAGCUGAAUCACUCCUUGAAAACCCCGCUCUCUUCGCUGGAUUUCGUACAGCUGAGUGGGCAGUGAACUCUUCUGAUCGAAAUGAAAAUGGAAAAAUAGACCAGGGUACUUUGUUGGAAGAAUAUUUGAAGCUGUGUGAGGAAUAUCCUGUGCCGUGGAGAAUGAUCCGUGCACAUGUGCACAAGAUGUUGGGCGAGUGGUUUAGGAUUCAUCCACACGUGAGGGAGGAUUUUAAUGGACAAACCAAACUUACUUUUGAGUAUCUUUAUGAUAUGAUCAAUCGGCUUAGAGAGCUUGGUGUUGAGAAACCACUUUAUGUGAAGAGACUAGCUUAAGCAAAACAUCUGAGAAAAAAGUUGGUGUAUGGACAUGAUGAUUCCAAAUUAGCGGUAAGAGGUAACAAACUACGUAAUUUUAAGCUGUGGCGAGGUGUUUUGCAUGGAAUAUAAAGUCAAUUAACGGAACCACAUGGAGCCUAGCUCCGUCACUUAAUGAAGUCUUUUUUCUAGAGAGUGCAUGGUUUUAAAAAAACAGGCACUGUAUUUUUCUUUUCUUUUUAUUCAAUGGUUGUCCUGUUACACCUGAUACAUAUAUUUAGUUAGACACAAUUAUAUGUACCAUCUCCUGCUUAAGGAUUGAGUAAUUUUUUACCUCGAUUCAGGAGUUAUAAAUCCUCGCAUUGUAAUCUGUAGCUAUCUAUGACAAUCACUUUAUUAUUCUGUGGUA